UGUUACUAUGACUAAAUGUACAAAUCACCUACCUGGGUGUUGAACUGAAUGCUGCUCUUCACACAAUUACUUCCCUAGAUACAUGAGCAUUCAAAAUACUUGUGAAUUUUUGUCAGCCAUUAGUUUCUUCUGAAAUUGCUUGGGUAAAAAGGAAGUUGGAGAAUGUUGCUAGGACUCAAAAAGGCAGGAGAGGAAUAAGCUGUUGCGUGAAAACAUUUCUAUAACAGAGAAGAAUGUGCAAAAACAUGGUUCAGUAAUGAAAGCUUGCAAUAAUAACACUAUCAGACUUGGAAUGUGACUAUAUUAAUGCAAGGUCUUGCUGUUCAAAACUAAAUAAAUGGGUGCUCCCAGAAUUGAUUGGCCAUACUAUUGUCACUGUAUUAAUGCUUAUUUCAUUGCACUGGUUCAUCUUCCUCCUUAAUUUGCCAGUAGCAACCUGGAAUAUAUAUAGGUUCAUUAUGGUGCCAAGUGGGAACAUGGGGGUGUUUGACCCCACAGAGAUCCAUAAUCGGGGACAAUUGAAAUCGCACAUGAAGGAAGCCAUGAUUAAGCUAGGCUUUCACUUGCUUUGUUUCUUCAUGUACCUUUACAGUAUGAUCUUGGCUUUGAUAAAUGACUGAAGUUGAAAAGGAACUAGUUAGUUGCCAAAUUCUGAACCAUCCGACUCACUCCAGCGAACAGUUGUAGAGCCGGAGACACUUUCGAACAUACCUGGACUGGUGUCGUCAUGCAGUAUAUUUUUUCCUCUUUGAACAAGAAAUAUUUUUGCUGUAUUUUUUAACAUAAAAUAUUUUAAAAACUGA